AUGACCGUAGCUCCCCGGGAUGGGGCUUCAGCGCAAACUACGUUCGAGGUAUUGAACUCAAUUGUGAUUAAUCUUUUGGAGCCAGCGGGUGAGCAUAAGCUACGGGGGAACACUGCUGUUCGAGAGGAGCGGUAUGACGAUGCGAAACAGGAUUACGAACAGGGGCUCAAGCUCGUAUGUGAAUGCGCGCUCGCUCUCAAUCGAGUCAUGGAAGCUCCGAGAAUUCAAAGCGAAGCUGAUCUUGGCGCUGUGGAAGAGAGAGAUAAGAAUCGAGUGAAAUCCAUACAGUAUGAGCUAGAUGCUCUCCGUCUGGCAUUGGUUGGUAACCUUUCUCUGGUGCAUCUGCGUUUGGGAGAUUGGCAUGCGGCGAUUGCACAUGCGGAUAUAGUUCUGAGGUAG